AUGAGGCCAGGGUACCUGCUGCAGCUCGUGCUGCUGCUCGCCCUGCCCAGGAGCCAGUGGGGCAGAGGGUGUGUGUCUCCACCCUGUGAGUGCCACCAGGAGGACGACUUCAGAGUCACCUGCAAGGAACUCCACCGCAUCCCCAGCCUACCACCCAGCACCCAGACUCUGAAGCUCAUCGAGACUCACCUGAAGACCAUCCCCAGUCUCGCGUUUUCAAACCUGCCCAAUAUUUCCAGGAUCUAUUUAUCUAUAGAUGCAACUCUGCAGCGGCUGGAGCCACACUCUUUCUACAACCUGAGCAAAAUGACUCACAUAGAAAUCCGCAACACCAGAAGCUUAACUUACAUAGACCCUGAUGCUCUAACAGAGCUGCCCUUGCUCAAAUUCCUUGGCAUUUUCAACACUGGACUCAGAAUAUUCCCUGACCUGACCAAAAUUUAUUCCACGGAUGUAUUCUUUAUACUGGAAAUCACAGACAACCCUUACAUGACUUCGGUCCCUGAAAAUGCAUUUCAGGGACUGUGCAACGAAACCUUGACCCUGAAACUAUACAACAAUGGAUUUACUUCAGUUCAAGGACAUGCUUUUAAUGGGACAAAGCUGGAUGCUGUUUAUCUAAACAAGAAUAAGUUCCUGACAGCUAUUGACAAAGAUGCCUUUGGAGGAGUAUACAGCGGACCAACCUUGCUAGAUGUGUCUUCCACCAGUGUCACCGCCCUUCCCUCCAAAGGCCUGGAGCACCUGAAGGAACUGAUUGCCAAAGACACUUGGACUCUCAAGAAGCUCCCUCUGUCCUUGAGUCUCCUCCACCUCACGCGGGCUGACCUCUCUUACCCAAGCCACUGCUGUGCUUUUAAAAACCAGAAGAAAAUCAGGGGAAUCCUGGAGUCCUUGAUGUGUAACGAGAGCAGCAUCCGGAAUCUGCGCCAGAGAAAAUCAGUGAAUGUGCUGAGAGGUCCCCUCUACCAGGAGUACGAGGAAGAUCUGAGUGACAACGGUGUUGGGUACAAACAAAAUCCCAAGCUCCAGGAGAGCUCGGGCAACUCUCAUUACUACGUAUUCUUUGAAGAACAAGAGGAUGAGAUCCUCGGUUUCGGCCAAGAGCUCAAAAAUCCUCAGGAAGAGACUCUGCUAGCCUUCGACAGCCACUAUGACUACACUGUGUGUGGGGACAAUGAAGACAUGGUGUGCACUCCCAAGUCGGAUGAGUUUAACCCCUGUGAAGACAUCAUGGGUUACAAGUUCCUGAGAAUCGUGGUGUGGUUUGUCAGUCUGCUGGCUCUCCUGGGCAACAUCUUUGUCCUGUUUAUUCUCCUUACCAGCCACUAUAAACUAACCGUGCCUCGCUUUCUUAUGUGUAACUUGGCCUUUGCCGACUUCUGCAUGGGGGUAUACCUGCUUCUCAUUGCCUCUGUGGACCUGUACACACAGUCCGAGUACUACAACCACGCCAUCGACUGGCAGACUGGCCCUGGGUGCAACACGGCUGGCUUCUUCACCGUUUUUGCCAGCGAACUAUCCGUGUACACGCUAACAGUCAUCACCCUGGAGCGAUGGUAUGCCAUCACCUUCGCCAUGCGCCUGGACAGGAAGAUCCGCCUCCGGCAUGCGUACACCAUCAUGGCGGGGGGCUGGGUUUCCUGCUUCCUCCUGGCCCUGCUCCCCUUGGUGGGAAUAAGCAGCUACGCCAAGGUCAGCAUCUGCCUGCCGAUGGACACUGACACGCCUCUUGCUCUAGCCUACAUUGCCCUGGUUCUGCUGCUCAAUAUUGUCGCCUUUGUCAUCGUCUGUUCCUGCUACGUGAAGAUCUACGUCACGGUCCGGAAUCCCCAGUACAACCCUCGCGAUAAAGACACCAAGAUUGCCAAGAGGAUGGCCGUGCUGAUCUUCACGGACUUCAUGUGCAUGGCCCCCAUCUCCUUCUACGCCCUGUCAGCACUGCUGAACAAGCCCCUUAUCACCGUCACUAACUCCAAAAUCUUGCUGGUUCUCUUCUACCCCCUCAACUCCUGUGCCAAUCCAUUCCUCUAUGCCAUUUUCACUAAGGCCUUCCAGAGGGAUGUGUUCAUCCUGCUCAGCAAGUUUGGCAUCUGCAAACGCCGGGCCCAGUCAUACCAGGGUCAGAGAGUGUGCCCAAACAACAGCACCGGGAUUCCGAUUCAAAAGGUUCCCCAGGACAUGAGACAGAGUCUCCCCAACAUGCAAGAUGCCUACGAACUCCUUGAAAACGCCCGCCUAACUCCAAAAAUACAGGGGCAAGUUGCAGAAGAGGACAGGCAAACGGCCUUGUAA